AUGGCUGCCCUGCGCAGGCUUGUUUCUUCAUUCACCAACAUCCCAAUAACAGGAUCAUUAAGGGCCCGGAAACAAACAUCCGCAAAGGCAACCAGGACGGUGAAACUUCUCGCAGCUGGAGCAGGCGUCACCGCCGCGGCUGGCGCUGCCUGCUGUUUCUAUUUAUUUCACGAUAGUCGCGCAGGACUAGCGAGCCAUGUCGAGGCUCGAGUUUUGCAUCUCGCAUUGCCAUCAGUUUCUGCGACCGAUAAGGCCAGGCCAUACGAUCUGGAUGAUGGAGAUGUGUACAUGUCAUCGUAUGAGAACAGGUUCCGCCUGUUCAGUUCGGUGGAGUAUGAGGGCCAGCUCUACAUGACCCCGCUCAACUUCAUUGAGUCUGUCACUCUGAAUGAGCCCAAACGUACAAGAGCACGGAAAUCCCUCACAAAAAAGGAAUUAGAGAAGAUGCUGGCUGAUACCCCACCUGUUUGGAGAGGAUCCUCUAAUUUGUUCAGAAAUCUUCGUGAGCGAGGCAUCAUCAGUUACACAGAGUACCUCUUCCUGAUCUGCAUUUUAACAAAGCCCCAUGCAGGCUUCAAGAUUGCUUUCAACAUGUUUGACGCGGACGGAAAUGAAAUGGUGGACAAAAGGGAGUUCUUGGUGCUGGAGGAAAUUUUCCGCAAAAAGAAGGACAGAAAAGAAGCUGGCGAGGAUGUGCUGAGAUCAGACCAGCAGAGCCUUCAACUGUACGGUUAUCGGAAAUCUCAUGCACCCAGUGUGCUUAAAAAAGACUGUCAGCAUGUAGAGGCCCGCGGCAUGUGGGAUGUUCUCAGGCGUGGCACGAGUCAAGUUCUGUUUUCUGAUCUCACCGAGCAUGUGGAUGAAAAUAUAAGAGAGACGACACUGCUGGUGCAUUUCUUUGGGAAAAAAGGCAAGGCCGAGUUGAACUUUGAAGAUUUUUACAAAUUCAUGGACAACCUGCAGACGGAGGUCCUCGAGAUCGAGUUCCUCUCCUACUCCAAAGGCAUGCCCACCAUCAGCGAGGAGGACUUUGCUCGGAUCCUCCUCCGCUACACCAACGUGGACAACAUCAGCGGAUACCUGGAGAACGUCCGGCGUAGCAUCCCGGAUGAAAAGGGAAUCACCUUUGAGGAGUUCAGGUCCUUUUUCCAGUUCCUAAACAACCUGGAGGAUUUUACCAUCGCCAUGCAAAUGUACAACUUUGCCAGCCGCUCCAUUGGUCAGGACGAGUUUUCUCGUGCCGUCUAUGUGGCGACGGGCCUCAAGUUGACCCGUCACUUGGUUAACACCGUCUUCAAGAUCUUCGACGAGGAUCAUGAUGAUAAGCUGAGCUACAAGGAGUUCAUCGGCAUCAUGAAGGACCGGCUGCACCGCAGCGAGAGGGGCAUCCGAGUGGAAGAGAAGAACACAUCAUUCAAGUCCUGUCUGAAGAAGGAGCUUUCUGGCAAAUAGGUGAAAAUCUCAACGCCGGUGCACCUGUCACCGCCUGGAUGAGCUCUGCCUUCCUGUGCUUUCUAUCAAGAGAGAGGGAAUGAUGCAUGUUGCAGUGUCUGCAUAAACUGUCUAAUUGCACUGUCUUAGAAGUCUUAAAAGAAAACAGGAUGUGGUACAAAACAGGAUACAGUCAACACAGUGGAGAUCUAUUGCAAGUAGUCAAAGAAAAAAAGUGACCCUCAAACCAAAUGAGCCACUUCAGGCAGUAUUGCAUCUUAUUUAGACUGUAAUUUGCACUAAUUUAAUAGUUUGAGUACUAGCUUUUGCUUGUUCAGAAGAAAUUAAACUAUUUAUUGAUUCAUCCUUUGGGAAUAUAUUUAUUAUUUUAUGUUUGUUAACACAGAGCAUCUCAUUUAUUUGUCUAAAAGGCCAAAUGGCACUUUGUAGUAUUAUUAUGGCUGGCUGCUGUGCUGCCACCACCGUAUGCUUUGGUCAGUGUGACUCUCUCCCAGGUCUGAUUGGCUCUCUGUGCAGCGGGAGCAUUGCUAAGAUACUUUCUCCUCAGCUCGUCUGUUCUGCAGCCCCCUGCACAGAUCAGCUUACGCAGGGACAGCACCUCUCCUCCUCCCUCCCAAAGGGCUGCAGCUAAAAUCCUUCAGUAACCCCCAGAGCCAGCAAGCCUCUAACACACUAACUGAAUCUGCGGCUUUUGUUGUUUCAUUACAGGCAGCUAACAAUGUUACUAAUAUCUUAAAAAAGGACAGUUUCCACCCUAGGAUAUAAAAAAAGAAAUGCAGAAUGCCAUUUUCUUGCAACUGGCAGGGAUGACCUCUUUAUAAAUAUGCAGAAUACUGAAGCCAUAUAUUAAUUCCACCCAUGGGACACUGAGCUUAAAUUACUGUUGGUUUUAGACAAGCAAUAUAUUAUUACCUGUACUUAUUUUUCCUUCUGGCUGUCCUAGGAAUACUUCACUAAUUUCUUUCAUGGCUGAAGAAUAUUAACAGCUGUUUCCUGGUAAAAUAUUUACCUUGUGUGGGGCUAUGUGCUGACUGCAGGAAUCAACAUUUUACAUCUUUUAAUGUCUGUUACCCAGAUGAGCGCCUUUGCAUUUGUGUUUGUAAGCCUACUUUCUUUGCCUCGCAGGGGGAAACCAUUUGUGCCAGUUGUUAUGUUGAGUGAAUGUUUCAAACUGGAUUAGUUAGUCUACCUCUUCAAUAGUUGUGGAAACUUCCGGCAUACACCACUGUUAUGAACAAUCGGCCUUGACUGUUACAUUCAUGUUGAAGCUCAGAUGCAUUUGUACUGAGGUUGUGCUCUCAAUAAAUUCAAGUAAAA